CUUGUGUGUGUGUGUGUGUGUAAUUGUGUUUGUGCAAAGUUUAAAAAUAGUUCUAGUCCGCUGAUAUAUAUCUACAUCUAUCUCUUCCACACUACACAAUUCGAAACUAAUAGCGUUUUAUAGUUAUAAUCUUUUACCAAGACCAGUAAAAUAAGUACGCUACAAUGCGCAUGCGCAGACAAUUAUAGCAUAUAUAGAACCAAGUGAUAACAAGGAAAAAAAACUUAAAAUUAUUUUUCUAAGAAACGGAAAGAGGUUUAGCCGUGCAGCUAGAUCUAGUGGUUCUCAGAGUUAAUUGUUCUUUCAAUACAAGAUAUCUUCUUGAUAUAGUCUUCAAGAAACAAAAAUGGCGUCCAGAUUGUCGUCAAUCUUGAGAAUGUCCAUCAUGGCUUUGUUUCUACAACUUGCAGCAGCUGAAGCCGAGAUCGUGAGCACUUCCAAUGCAUGGGCAGUCAUCCCUGCGGUUCUCUUUGUGGUUGGAGCUAUCGUUGUAGUUGUGUACGUGCUUAAAGGAGCUAGCUCGGACCGAAACCCUGCAGGCAACUCAAACUCUGGCACUAACACCAAUACCAAUACAAGCUCCAGUACUGAUCAAAACAAAGGUUCCGGGAGUACGAACAGUAACCCCGAAGCACAAGGCCAAGGAAAUUAUAAAGACAUUAGAGAUUUAAAAAGAGAGAUGCAGAAGCGACAAGAGCAGGCCUAGAAAGAAUGAACAUAUUUAUUGAACAUGAACAUGUAUUUUUUAAUAUUUGAAUGUUGCUAUUUGUUUGCUUCACUUCUGGAAAAUUUUAGAACUAUUGUUCAUUAUGUGUAUAAAAAUUUUCUUUACAGCGGACAUGGGAACAGAUUACUUCAAAGGAUGGUUCUUAUACACUCCAGUCGUUGUUGCAGUGAUUGGUGUUUGUAUGUUAGUAUUUGUUAUAGCAUUAUGUGGAUGGUUUAUUGAUUGGUUCCGAGAAAAACCUGAUCGCUCCAGACAAUACACAAAUCUACAUCCAUACAGAAAUGAAUACAUUGAACGCCAGAAGCGAUACGAUCAAGAUAAUUAUAGGAAUAACAUCUGACAUCCAUACAUCUAAUUUCAACCUUGUCAUUUGUCGAUACGCCGAUUGUGGUCAUUAGAAUAACUAGAUCUAUAAGCAAUAUAAUGUCAAUUUUGUUGUGUGUGGUACAACUUAGUAUAAUCUGAAUAAAAUAAUUUAGACACAUUCGUAAAACAUUUUCCUCUAGUAUAGUAGGGAUCAUUAAAAUUAUUAUUUCUAUAGUUAUAUAAAAUGCUGGAAAAAAAAUAUAGAAAUGUAAAAACCUUUCUUCUUGAUGAUAUACACACAUCAUCAUAUACUAUUAAGAAUCUAUUGUUACAAAGUUGUCAUUUAGAGUUGGCAACUGAUUAAUGCUCUGGCAGUGGACUAAUUUUUUAGAAGACACGCAUAUAAUAAAUCCAUUUUCUUUUGUAUUUUUAAUGUUUUAGACUUUGUUAAUGUUUUUAAAAUCUGUUUAGUUUGGUUAUUGUUCAAUUUUGUAACGGCGAUAUUAUGAACUAGUUCGAAAUUUGUUCAAACUUGAUGCAUUCGAUGACACUAUAGCAUUCAUAUAUAUAUAUAUAUAUAUUUGCUUUUAGAUAUUUAGUUAUCUGUUUCUGACAUCUAAUUCUAACCUUGCCAUUUCUUAUGACAUCUACGCGUUGGGAAAUGUCAUCAAUGUCACUAUGUAGAUUAGUUCAAUCUGAUCUAUACGUUAAGUAUAUGACAUUUUGUUUAAAAAUCUUUGAGUGAAUACUUAUAGUCAAUUAAAUUUAUAUCCAAAACUGUACAA